AUGGCCGCCGUGCUAGAAUACAACCAAGCUUCACUCAACUACCAGAGUGAAAUGACAGACAUCAAAGACGCCAUAAGGGAAGCCUUCCCUAAGACAACAGAGCUUAUACGUUUGCUUGAACAAACAAAACAUAUUCGCUCUGAUGUUGCUUUACAACAAAAGAUCGUCUCAGAUCUUGAGUCGCAAUUAGCGGACUCCAACCGAGAACUCGAUGGCUUGGAUCGCAAGCGCUUGGCGGACUUGGAGUCACAUAAGAAAUAUCGCGAUGGUUCUAUGAUGAGGUUUCUCUACAAGGCCAGCGGUAAAGAGAACUCGUUUGCAGGACAAGCUGAGAGGGAAGAGCAAAAUUACCACAACACGCUUCAACAAGCGCAUCUGGCUUCGGAACACAACUCAACUGUGAGAGCCAAACUGGAACAGGAGCUCAAGACAAAAAAUGAACUCGACCAACACAUGCAGGGCUACCUUGGCCUUCAAAAACAACUCGAGGAUAUCUACGAUGAUAUUUUUACUGGCCCGACACCGGAAUUCCCCGAGGAGGAUACAAAGGAGAUUGAGAGCGACGAGGCUUUGUCUGCAUAUGUUGCUACAAAAACCGCGCUCAAAUUACACCAGAAAGCACUAGACCUCCUUGAAAAAGCAACAUCCACCAUGACAGCUGGGCUUCAACAGGUGGACAAGGCUCUUCAGUCGGGAGACAUGAACCAACUCCGAGCUUUGAACCAGGGAAGAGAGCUUGUGCAGCAGAGCAAAACGACGGUUGACCAGCUGGUGAAGCUAGGCGCAGACGUGAUCGAGCUCCCUCCAGAGGCCAACCCACGUACUAUGGAGGUUACGUCCAAUUUAGGCGAUACGUGGGGAAAGGUCGAUAUCACUGGUGGACGCCAGGAAGUAGCGCGCUGUACGGCUGCUCUAAGCCAUGCUCUGAGUCAAGCAAAGGAGAAGAAAUACUACCUGACGAAAGAGUUGAGGAGGAAAGAGGAGGAGAUGGAAGAGGCGAGAACAGAGUUGCAAAGAGUCAGGAGGGGCAUCUUCGAGAAGGUGAUGGGUAACGAUAUGGUCAAAGGUUCAUAG